AUGGCACCCCCAGAAGAUCCCGUUAAUUCAAUCUCUAGCUUCCACGGAGUGGGAAAAUUGGCGAAAUACUUCACCUUGUCUAAUAGCAAGUUUUGUGUCAAAGGUGUGCCUUUGCUCACUGAUGUUCCUAAUAAUGUCUCUUUUAAUCCCUUCUCUUCAAUCUGCCAAUCCUCUGAUGCUCCAAUUCCUCUGCUCCAGCGUGUGCUUCGCCUUUCUCACAAGGGAUUUCUCGGAUUCUGCAAGAAUGAGCCAUGUGACAGGUUCAUGAACUCCUUGGGUAGGUUCGAUGGCAGAGAUUUUCUAAGCAUCUUUAGGUUCAAUACAUGGUGGUCUACCAUGUGGGUGGGGAAUUCUGGGUCGGAUUUACAAAUGGAGACACAAUGGAUGCUCUUAGACGUCCCUGAAAUAAAGUCUUAUGUCAUUGUCAUACCCAUUAUUGAAGGCAGUUUUAGGUCAGCUCUUCAUCCUGGCUCUGGUGGGGACCUCAUGAUUUGUGCUGAGAGUGGUUCUACCAAAGUGAAAGCAUCAAAUUUUGAUGCAAUUGCUUAUGUUCAUGCCUCUGAUAAUCCCUACACCUUGAUGAAAGAGGCCUAUAGUGUUCUUAGAGUCCAUCUCAAUACCUUUAGGCUCUUGGAAGAGAAAACAGCCCCAAAUCUUGUUGACAAGUUUGGCUGGUGCACUUGGGAUGCCUUCUACUUAACUGUAGAACCUGUUGGCGUAUGGCAUGGAGUGAAUGAUUUUGUCGAGGGUGGGCGGUUUCUUAUCAUUGAUGAUGCUUGGCAAAGCAUCAGUAUAGAUGGUGAGAAACCAGAUGAAGAUGCAAAAAACCUUGUUCUUGGUGGGACUCAAAUGACUGCCAGGCUUCACCGGCUUGAUGAAUGCGAGAAGUUCAGAAAAUACAGAGGUGGUUCCAUGUUGGGUCCUGAUGCUCCUUCAUUCGAUCCAAAGAGGCCAAAGAUGCUGAUCUCCAAGGCAAUUGAGCUUGAGCAUGCUGAGAAGGCUCGUGACAAGGCCAUCCAAUCCGGAAUCGCCGACAUGUCUGAAUAUGAAGUGAAAAUCCGAAAGUUCAGACAAGACUUGGAUGCAAUGUUUGGGGGUGAAGAUAGCAAUAGUUCCAUACAAGGCUGUGGGAGCUGUUCUUGUACAACUUAGAAAUAUGGGAUGAAGGCGUUCACAAGGGGCUUGAGGACAAAGUUCAAAGGUUUGGAUGAUAUAUAUGUAUGGCACGCUCUUUGUGGUGCCUGGGGUGGUGUUAGGCCUGGUGCAACCCAUCUUAAUUCCAAGAUUAUUCCCUGCAAAGUCUCUCCUGGCCUUGAUGGGACGAUGGACGAUCUUGCCGUGGUUAAAAUCGUUGAAGGUGGGAUAGGGCUUGUUCAUCCUGAUCAAGCCGAGGACUUUUACAACUCCAUGCACUCCUACCUUGCUGAAGUCGGUAUUACAGGAGUAAAAGUUGAUGUCAUUCAUACGCUCGAGUCUAUAUCUGAUGAAUAUGGAGGCCGGGUGGAGCUUGCAAAUGCAUAUUACAAGGGACUGUCAAGUUCUCUGUCCAAGAACUUCAAAGGAAAUGGACUCAUCUCAAGUAUGCAGCAAUGCAAUGACUUUUUCUUCCUUGGGACAAAUCAAAUUUCUAUGGGAAGAGUUGGUGAUGAUUUCUGGUUCCAAGACCCUAAUGGAGAUCCAAUGGGAGUAUAUUGGCUGCAAGGGGUACAUAUGAUUCAUUGUGCCUAUAACAGCAUGUGGAUGGGCCAGAUCAUACAACCUGAUUGGGAUAUGUUCCAAUCAGAUCAUCUGUGUGCCAAAUUCCAUGCAGGCUCAAGGGCCAUCUGCGGUGGUCCAGUCUAUGUGAGUGAUUCCGUGGGUGGCCACAAUUUUGAUCUCAUCAAGAAGCUUGUCCACCCUGAUGGUACCAUUCCUAGGUGCCAGCAUUUUGCUCUCCCAACAAGAGACUGCCUCUUCAAGAACCCUUUAUUUGACCAAAAGACCAUUCUCAAAAUUUGGAACUUCAACAAGUAUGGAGGUUUGAUUGGAGCAUUUAACUGCCAAGGGGCUGGUUGGGACCCCAAGGAGCGAAGGAUCAAGGGCUUCUCUCAGUGCUACAAACCAAUGUCUGGUUCAGUGCAUGUCCACGACAUCGAAUGGGACCAGAAAGUAGAAGCAGCUGAAUUAGGAAAGGCUGAAGAGUACGUAGUCUACCUCGAUCAGGCAGAAGAAAUGCACUUAAUGAACCCAGAAUCUGAUGCAAUUCAAGUCACCAUCCAACCAUCCACAUUUGAACUAUUCAGCUUUGUUCCAGUUGAGAAACUCAGCCACACCCUCAGUUUUGCACCAAUUGGACUAACAAACAUGUUCAACAGUGGGGGUACCAUUCAAGAAUUGGAGUAUGUCAAGACUGUGGCUGAGAAGAAUGCUAAGAUUAAAGUCAAGGGUAUUGGGAAUUUCUUAGCCUACUCGAGUGAGCCUCCAAAUAAAUGCUACCUGAAUGGUGCUGAGGUAGCUUUUGAGUGGUUGGCUUCUGGCAUACUCACCUUGAAUCUUGCUUGGGUUGAAGAGGCUGCUGGCAUUUCUGAUGUCGUUUUUGUCUUUCCAAACUAAUCUUUUAUAAUUUUGUAAAUUAUAGGUUCUAAGUUGAAGUUUUUUCUUGUCUGUUUAU